CCAUCUCUCUCUCUUUCAUUCUCCUGCAACUAUUUCAUCUCCACAAGCUUCCAAACAAAGAGAAUUAAUGGAAAGUGAGAUUUGCAAGGUUUAUUCUCCUCGUCGUCCUCUGAUAUGUCUACGAUGAAACAGCAGACGACAGAAACCCUUAUCUGGUUAAUGGGUGUCUCUCUCUUUUGCAAUUCCAUAUUUCCAAAACAUUCUCAUGGCUCCAACAGAUCCCUCUUUCCAAUAUAAAGCCCAUAUUCAAGAAUCUCCAAUCCAUGGCUUGCCUAAUUGAGACCAACUACAAGCUGAUCAACGACGAUAAUCACUUUAAUCGGCGGUUCCGGUUUCCAGGUUGUCCGAUAUGACCAUCGUUCGUGCUCAAAACCUCUCAAGAGAACAAGUAGUACAACAGCAACAUCAUCUUUCUGGAGGUUUAUAUACUGGUUGCGGUGGGGGGUUUAGAGAAAAUUUCGGUCUUAUGAGCCGUGUACAAGGUUAUGAAUAUUGUAGUGAAUCUUGCUUAGGAUCUGAUCUAGUGGUUGGUGAUCAGAUGGCUGAAGAUGAAUCAAGAACUAACAGUCUUAACGAAGCCGCCUCGAGUUCAAAAGAUAUUCAAGAAGAGAGGGAUGAAGGGUGGCUACAAUUGAGCAUAGGCGGUCACAGUACUGCUGCCAGCCACAACAACGUCAACAAGCAUGAUCUGGCAGACCCAACGGCCAGAAGAGCUUCCGGAUUGCUCGAGCUUGAUCUAUUGCCCGGCGGCGGUAGUUCACAACAAGCAAGGCCAUUAGCCCCUAUCUUCCAUGUGCCGGAAUUUAGAGCUCCUCGUGCGGUUACAAGUUUCCCAGGUGGCAGUAGUUUGUUUUUUCAGCACCCGGGAAGUAGCUCAAACUUUCCUCAUCAAGAUAUUAACUGGGGUUUUAGGCCAAUCAGCCGGCAUAUUAUAGGGACUACUUCUUCCUCUACAUCAUCAUCGUCUUCUUCUUCUUUGAUGCCAUUGGGGUCCUAUUUUGCACAGCCCUUUCAACUCCACUCUGGUAUUGAUGCUGCUGGGCCGAGCUUAGACUUCAGAGUUACUGAUCCUCCGAGGAGGCCCCAUUCUGGCAUUUGGUUUAUGCUGCAAGCCUCCCAAAAUCAAGCAAAGGAACCAUUUUUGCCUCAGAUACCAAAGAGCUACCUAAGAAUCAAGGAUGGAAGGAUGACAGUUCGAUUGUUAAUGAAGUAUUUGGUCAAUAAGCUGAGACUGGAUAGCGAAUCAGAGCAGGUAGAGAUAACAUGUAGAGGGCAACAGCUUCCACCUUUCUUGACGUUGCAGCAUGUAAGAGAUAACAUAUGGAGUCCGAGGGACACAGUGACUUUGCUUCAAGACUCCUCAACCACAGAUCAUGUCAUGGUGUUGCACUACGGUAGGAGUGCUUGAAAGUGCAAAAUCCCGUAAUUUUAUUGGCUCCCACAUGUUGUAUCAUUGUUUAAGUUAUGAGAACGCUUUUCUUUUAUUCUUUUUCCUUUCUUUCUUUUUUUUUUUUUUUAAUUUAUUUUCCUUUUUUUUUUUUUUUUUUUCUUUUUUAAUCCCGUCGACGUUUCUCUAAUUGAUGGAGAAUAUAGUUUGGAAUGCCCUCAAACGAUGUUUAUGGUUCUGGGGUCAAUAACAUAACCCGUAAAAUGUAAUUUCAGGC